CUGCGCUGAAGCGGUUGCCAGAAGUAGAUAGAAUUGCGACAGUAGGGGCAGUGUCGAAAGUGUUGUUAGGUAACGUUAGCUAGCUAGAUGGGAUAGCCGCCCAGACACACACAUUGGAUAAGGUUCGAAUGUGAAGGUCCUUGCAACUCUUCAAAGACAUUGAUAGCGUGUCCGACAUUAUAUCGUUUCCCAUGCUGUUUUUUUAUUGAUAAACAAUUUCGCGUCAAGGAGCCUGUACGUCAGAUAUGAUGUCACGAUUAGCAGCCUGUCUUUUAGCAUUGUGGGACGUGUAAUGUAAGCAGCAAACAACGGGGCUUGUUUGUAAUGUAUGUGUUUUCCAAAUAGCAAUCUAAACGGGUCGCGCUAUAAGUAGUUUAGAGGAAACUCCACUUUUCGACAUUGCGCGCAAAUAUAGGUCUUGUCAUCAAAACAGUUUCGGGAGAGAAGUGUAUACGUUUCUAUUGAGGAAGUGGGAUGUGGCCAGACUGUAUUAAUGUUGCCGACCAAGAUAUGAAACUCAUUGUAGCAGUGCUUUUGGAGCCUUGCUACAUUUUAAAUACUAACGCGAGCCCAUUUGACCAAUUCGAUGGAGACACCCCUCGGGGCUCGGAAUUGUGUGGGGGGUUGCUCAGAUUACCAAACUGAUAUCAACAUGUGAAUUAAAGAUUGCCUAUUUUAUUUUAUUGAAAGCCAUUGAAUUGCGAAUGUCAACUCAACAUCAGAUAAUGGACUCAUCUUUAGCUUUGGGAAGACUGGAAAUCAAUAGACCCAUGGUGAACCUGGGGACUUGUCUUUCCGGCUCGGUGAAGGAGAAGGAGAAGGGAGGAUCGCAGGCGGCGCACCUGAACGGAUGUGUUCCGCUCUCCCAUCAGGUGGCCGGUCAUAAGUAUGGCGUUGAUAAAGUAGGCAUAUUGCAACAUCCUGAUGGCACAGUACUCAAACAGCUCCAGCCCCCUCCCAGAGGUCCUAGAGAGAUGCAGUUCUACAGCAAGGUCUACGCUGAGGACUGUGGCGACCCGUGUAUGUUGGACCUCCAGCAUCACCUCCCUAAAUACUUUGGCACCUGGUCCUCGCCUGAAUCUCCUAACGAGCUGUACCUGAAACUGGAGGACGUGACUCGGCGGUUCCAGAAGCCUUGUAUUAUGGAUGUCAAGAUCGGCCAGAAAAGCUACGACCCCUACGCCUCCCAAGAGAAGCGGGACCAGCAGAUCAAGAAGUACCCUCUCAUGGAGGAGAUUGGCUUCCUGCUUCUCGGAAUGAGGGUGUACAAGGUCAACUCUGACGAAUAUCACUCGUAUGAUCAACAUUACGGGCGAGGCCUUCUCAAGGACACCAUCACAGAUGGUUUAUCCAAGUUCUUCUCUAAUGGGAGGAGUCUGAGAAAAGAUGCCAUCGCUGCCAGUAUCCUGAAGGUCCAGAACAUCCUGCGAUGGUUCGAGGGCCAGAGCCAGUUAACCUUCUACGCCAGCUCUCUGUUGUUUGUAUACGAGGGCCUGCCCCCUCCCAGCCCUGAGGGCCAUAUCUUCAGGGGCCCCCCAGAGAAGACUACGUCUGCUGCUGUUGCCUGCUGCGAGCCCAAUGAAGAAGUGUUGGAAUACAACAACAACAUCCAGGUUGCCGUGCCGCUUGACUACAGCCUGUCCACCAUGUACGCCAUGUACAAGAAGGGCUGCACCCGGGGUCACCGUGGCAAUGCCACCGGAGCCACCACGACAGGCCCCAACCCCCAGGAGGACAACAGCACGUGGAAGUGCCCAGGUCUGGUGUCAGCAGAACAACCCAACGGCAACGGUAUCAAAGCCCAACUGGAAGAGGCUGGGGUGGGGGAGGGAGGCCGGGGGGAGCCGCAUCCAGAGCAGAGAGCCAGCGAAGUGGAGGUGAGGAUGAUUGAUUUUGCCCACGUCUUCCCCAGUGAGAGCCAGGACCAAGGCUAUAUCUAUGGCCUGAAACACUUGCUGGAGGUGCUGCAGCAGAUCCUCCACCAAUAACCUUCUCUCUCCAGUGGUGUCUCUGCCUGUCCAUUGGUUAAGUGUACCCAUCUGUGUUUUACUGUGUGAAUGGAGGAGUUGUAGCGCCCACAGUCCCUCGUCCCCUCGCCCUGUGAUUCUCUGCACUAUAUGCACUAUAUCGAUGAAGUCAUUUCUCCAUAACUCUUUGUCCGAUGUAUGUGCUUCUUGAUUUUUAACCACUGUUAACAGGUAUCUAACUCAGGUAAAUGACUGUAACCAUUACUCACAGGAUUAUCUCUAAAGAGUACCCUUAAUUUGUUGGCUUGCUGAUCAUAUGUUGUAUGUUUUAUAUAAUAUUGCUCAAGUCUUUUCAGAUCUCAGAUUUCACAUCCUUUUGUCUUAAAUCUUCCCAGAAAGUUGACAGAAUGAUAAAAAUUUUAUCCAAGUUAUUAUACUCAUACAGUACAGAUUAAGUACUUUUAGCAUUGCUGUUCUCUAUAUAUUUUGCUGACAAAUUGCCUGUUCUUCUUACCCAGAACAAAAAAAAAUGAACAAAAAUCGUGCAUAAUUGCAUCAGAUGGUCAUUUAGGUUCUGGGAGGAGAUGUUAAGAGAAAGAUACUAAUGUGACUUGCGAGGUCUCCACCCCAACAAAAUGGAAACUUUGCAAGUUUCAGGCAAGUCUAUGGGCCAAAUGUCCCUUACCCUUCUGCAAUUUGAAAGAUGUGAGCACAUGCGAAACGGUGAUUUGUCAAAGUGAGAAAUCAGUGUACCGGAACAGAGCUCCUCUUUAGUCAUCACAUCUGUCCACGACAGAUUAAGAUGGCAUGGAUUGUCCUCCCUCUGCCCACUUGUACACUGUGUCGGGGUCUGUUUAAUUGUAAAGAAAUGCAAUACGCUACUCUGAUAAUGAAUGAACAAACUGACCAGAGAGAGAUUGAGUUUGUUGAUCUAGUGAUUCAUGUUCAGAGGAAUAGAAUGCCAAAGUGCUGGUGGUUUUCGGAGAGAGGGCGCACGGUGUGGCUAGUGUUCUAAACUUGAAGGCCUGGAAGUGAAUUAGAUCCGUGUGGUGUUGUCAGUACCCUGACAGUGCUUCCACAGUGUGAUCUCCCUAUCAAGAUAUUGUCUUUUUUUUUUUGUUGAAGAGAAAUGUUUUUCAUUUGCUUCUUCUUAACCCUGAUAGCUAUGGAAUGUCUAUGAUUUUACUUUUAACAAAGAUAUGCAUAUAUUUUCAAAGAUAUGCAGAUAAUGCUCAAUUUCUGUGUUUGAUUUGAAACUAAUAACAAGACAAAAAGUAAUUUUGGAUGAUACUCUGAACUUGACAAUUUAGUACAUAUUUGAAAUGGUAAGGAGGAAGAACCUUUAUGAGAAAUGUUUACAGUCUUUUGAAGAUAUUUCACUGUUAUUAUCACUGACUUGUUUCUUUUUACUCCAUAUUAAUUUCAGACAUUUAUCAUUCUGGCAGCUUUUACAUUGUUACAUUUACUCAUAAUGUCUUUGUUAUUGUUCCAACUCCUUAGCAAGCGACCAGCUUCAGCAUUUUGCACCAGGGCAUUGUUUGUUUUAGCAAAAUUCUCUAAAUUGUAGAUACUGAUUUACAUUACAGUAACUCUCAUCUUCAUGAAAUACUCAUAACCAACCUUUAAGCACUUUAAAUUCAACAUUUCAAAACAUAUAGGCUUAUGCUAAUUAGUGUUUAUAGAUGUGCUAUGAGUGGUCCGUGUAUAUGGAAGUACAAUAAUGCAAAUCGUUACAGAAUAAGGUACCUCUAAGAUGGUUGUUUACAGUUGACAUCCUCUGCAGCUCCUUUAGACGUUGUGGUUGUAAUACAUUUUACUCUAUAGAAGGACUGUACAUUACAUCUUGGUACAGUCAAUUAUGAGUUCUACAAUGAUUUGUGAUCUUGUUUACACACCAGUUCUAUUUUAAGGGUAAACCUGUGUCUUUUGAAUAGUUCAUGGACAGGAAGUUAACAAAUGUUUGUUUUGUAUUUGCUUAAGUCUGCUGUUCUUUCUUUUUUGUUCAAUAAUGCACUGAAAAACAAAUGAAUAUAGCCAAUGUAUAAAAUCUGUUCCUUUGCUGUGAACUAACCAAGACUUUCCCUGUGUGGAAAAGUGGUGUACGUUUUCUAUAAUACCCGAUAGAAAUGUGGCAAGACUGGAUUUUGUCUUUAGACUUCAGCCAAUCAGAAGUGAGAUAAUGUUGUCAAUUUCUCUGUUUUUCAAACACUUAAACCUAUUUUUUUGUUGCAAACUGUAGCAAAGUAAUCAGAUAUUUGAUUAGUGGAAUCAGAUUAUUUUCCAGCUUGUAAUUAUUGUUCUGGACCCUUAUUUACAAAGAGUCUCAGUGUGCUGAUAUUAGAUCAGUUUUGCCUAAGAUUUGCAUAAUGAAUAACAUAUGGACGGACGGGGGGGACUGAUCCUAGAUCAGCACUCCUACUGAGACACUUUGUAAAUACGAGCCCUGGGUUUCAUGCUUCUUCCUGUGGUCUGGAAUAAUAUGCAUUAGUGUCAGUGCUGUCAUAAUGCUCUCUAUGGAAAUCCCCCAUGUAUCCUCUCCUCCCAUUGACUCUGCUGUCUGUCCGUCCUGAGGGAAAGCUGAUCGGUUCUGACUAUACAGUAACAUGAAAUGAUGAUGUAUCUGCUGUUUCUCUCAUAUCUGAUCGGAUUGAAAUUGCUGACUAAUUACUACUUUUGUAAAUGACCUAUAUUAAUAUGUAUAAUAUGUAGAUGGAUUCAAUAAUGGCUGUAUAUUUGGCAGAUGAUUAUUAUUACUAAUAAAAUGUAUUCCCAAUGAA